GGCGGCGGCGGCGGCCUCGGUGCCCGGCGGGGAGCGGGUCCCGGGCGGGCCGCCGGACCCAGAGCUGGAGGUGAGGGCGUCUGGGGUACCUGGGACCUCCCUCGCCGGGCCCUCAGUGGUCUGAUGGAGUAGAAGGGGUCUUCUGUGAAUGUGUGACGUGGAGUGCUUCAAAUCUGGUCACUAUGGUACGAGAACGAAAAUGCAUGUUGUGCAACAUCAUGUACAGCUCAAAAAAGGAGAUGGACGAACACAUGCGGAGCAUGUUGCACCACAGGGAACUUGAGAACCUGAAGGGCAGGGACAGCAGUCAUGAGUGCCGAGUGUGCGGGGUCACAGAAGUGGGUCUUUCUGCAUAUGCAAAGCACAUUUCUGGCCAGUUGCACAAAGAUAAUGUUGAUGCCCAGGAAAGAGAAGAUGAUGGAAAGGGAGAGGAAGAGGAAGAAGAUUACUUUGAUAAGGAACUCGUUCAGUUAAUAAAACAAAGGAAAGAACAAAGUCGACAAGAUGAGCCUUCCAAUAGCAGCCAAGAAAUAAGCUCUGAUGACAGGCAGCCCCAAUGGAGACGAGAAGACCGGAUCCCUUACCAAGACCGAGAAAGUUACAGUCAGCCAGCAAGGCACCCUCGUGGACCUCCACUGCGGGAUUGGAAGUGGGAAAAAGAUGGCUUUAACAAUAGUAGGAAAAAUAGCUUUUCACAUUCUAUGAGGAACAGUGGUGGACCAAGAGGAAGCUCUGGGUGGCAUAAAGGUACAAGAGGCUCCUCAACUUGGUUUAAUAAUCACAGUAAUUCUGGAGGUGGUUGGCAUUCAAAUAGUGGGAUGGUAGAUUGGAAUUAUAAUGGUGCAGGAAGGAAUUCCGGUUGGCAUUCUGAAGGAACAGGUGGCUUUUCCAGUUGGCAUAUGAACAACAGUAACGGAAACUGGAAAUCCAAUGUACGUGGUACAAAUAGUUGGAAUUACAAUGGCCCUGGAGAUAAAUUUCAACCAAGCAGAAACAGAAAUUCUAACUACCAAGUGGAAGACAUGACUAUGCUGUGGAACAAGAAAUCUAGUAAGUCAAACAAAUACAGUCAAGAGAGAUAUAAAUGGCAGCGGCAAGACAAAGACAAAGUUGGUACAUACAGUCCUUCUGAAGGAUUUACAAGUGACAAGUUUCCUUCAGAAGAAGGCUUGCUUGAAUUCAAUUUUGAGCAGCCGGAAAGCCAAACCACUAAACAAACAGACACCACAGCUUCCAAAGUUAAUGGAAAGAAUGGCAAUGUAGUAAGGGAGAAGUUCCGCCGGUGGACUCCUUACCCUUCCCAGAAGACUCCGGAUUUGCAGUUGGGAUUAAAAGAAGUCACUGGCAACAAGUCAGAUAUGGUAGAUAAGCCUCUCUUUAAUUUUAGCUUAUUAACCACAGGAACACAAGAACCUCAAACUGAUGAAACAAAUAAUUCCCCAAUGCUAAAAACACAAAAACAAAUCCACACUGGGUCUCUGAUUUACAAAGCCAUUUCUGAUAGCCCUGCUUCCUAUGAGAUAGUGAGAGAUUGCCCCAUUACAGAACAACCUGAACAGCAGCAUAACUCCAAUAAGAUACUGCCAUUCAAAUCCCCCCUCCUUCCACUUCCAGCCACCAAAUCAGCUCCUCAAAAGCAGGAUUCAAAGAACCUCUCAAAAACCACUGAAAUUAAUUCUUUUCUUCCUGGAGAAUACUCAAAUCCCUUGAACAAACCCACUUUAGAUGAUAACCACGGUUCUUCCCAUGUAUCCAAAUUGCGUAGUUUAUGUCCUCGUGUUUUAAAAGGGAAUAAAACUACAUCUGGCAUUCAAAAGGAACCUGAUGAGAAUUUAAAUGACACAUUACAAAAAGCCCAAGAGGUGCUACAGUCUCAUGAGUCAUUGCAAAAUCCACUUCUUAGUGCUUCUCAUGGGACUGGGAACUAUGCAAAAGCAAGUAGGAAUGUAGAAGAGUCUGAAAAAGGAUCUUUGAAGAUCGAAUUUCAAGUACAUGCAUCACAAGAUGAAAGUGAUGGAGAGACGUCUGACACAGAAAAACAAGGAACAGAAAUUGGAACCCUGGGUUCUGCAACUACAGAAGAUUUAUCCUGUAGCACUCAUGCUGUUAAUGAAAAAAAAGAGAGUGACCAGAGCCUGAAAACAUCUGGAAAACCUUCCACCUCUCCAUGUAAUUCCACAGUUUACCAGAAAGAAACCAAGUUAGAAAUAACAUCUGCAGCCAGUCCACACUCUGGCUUAUUGCUAGACUUGAAAACCUCUCUAGAAGAUGCACAGGGUGAUGACCCUGUUAAAUCUCAUGUACCUUUUGAAACAGAAGGCUUUGAGAGCACUAGCUUGGAUGCAGAGCUUCAAAAAAGUGACAGCAGCCAGCCGUCAGGCCCUCUUUUGCCUGAACUAAGUAAGCUUGGCUUUCCUGCCUCACUCCAAAGAGAUCUAACUCGGCACAUUAGUUUGAAGAGCAAAGCUGGAGCACACCUUCCUGAGCCAAACCUCAAUAGUGCUCGACGAAUUCGCAAUAUUAGUGGUCAUCGAAAGAGUGAAAUAGAGAAGGAAUCUGGGCUCAAGCCAACCCUACGGCAGAUUCUAAAUGCAUCUCGGAGAAAUGUCAACUGGGAACAGGUCAUUCAGCAAGUAACCAAGAAAAAGCAAGAGCUGGGCAAAGGCUUACCCAGGUUUGGCAUAGAAAUGGUGCCUCUGGUUCAGAAUGAACAAGAGGUCCUGGAUUUAGAUGAGGAGCCUGAUCUGUCCAAUCUAGAAGGAUUCCAGUGGGAAGGUGUUUCCAUUUGCUCAUCCCCUGGAUUGGCAAGAAAGCGAAGCCUUUCUGAGAGCAGUGUGAUUAUGGACAGGGCUCCUUCUGUGUAUAGCUUCUUUAGUGAGGAAGAUACUGGCAAAGAAAAUGAGCCCCAGCAGAUGGGUUCAUCCAGUAAUUCACUGAGUGCUGCCCAGAAUCAAAAAGCAACCAUGUGCCUUAAACAGGAAGUGACACCUCUGGCUGCCUCCCUCAGAGCAGGUGAAAGGGCUGAACAAAUUACUACACAAAGGCGACAUAGUGCGCAAUUACCCUCUGACCGUAUAAUACCUCUGAUGCGUUUCACUAAAGACCUAAACAACCAUGAAAAGUCUACACGAUCGUCAGAGCAUCAGAAUGCCCAGGAGAGUAAUGGAGAAGGACACUCACUAUCAUCAAAUGCAUCCUCAGCAUUCUCCAGCUUAGCAGAUGUAGCCACAGAUAGUAGCUGUACCUCUGGUGCUGAACAAAAUGAUGGCCAGAGUAUUAGAAAGAAACGAAGAGCCACAGGGGAUGGAUCUUCUCCUGAACUGCCAAGUCUUGAGAGAAAAAAUAAAAGGAGGAAAAUUAAAGGAAAGAAAGAACGUUCUCAGGUUGACCAGCUGCUGAGUAUUUCCUUAAGAGAGGAAGAACUAAGCAAAUCACUGCAGUGCAUGGAUAACAACCUUCUGCAAGCCCGGGCAGCUCUGCAGACAGCAUAUGUGGAAGUUCAGAGGCUGCUCAUGCUCAAGCAGCAGAUAACGAUGGAGAUGAGCGCACUGAGGACCCAUAGAAUACAAAUUCUGCAGGGAUUACAAGAAACAUAUGAACCUUCUGAGCACCCAGAUCAGCUUCCCUGCAGCCUCACCCGAGAACAGAGGAGCUGUAGAUCACAAACAUCUUCUGAUGCCACACUGCAGCCUCCUCCCUUUUGCCCUCUUUUUCUGGAGCCACCUCCUUCCCAUGUGUCUCCCUCAUCCACUGGAGCCUCUCUCCAAGUAACCACGUCUACUUUCCAAGCCCAUGGCAGUGUCCCUGCUCCAGAUUCAUCUGCUCAGAUUAAACAAGAGCCCAUGUCUCCUGGACAAGAGGGGAGUGUGCACACUGUGUCACAAGAUCCUGCUUACAGUGUGUCCAAGGAGUUACUGCAAACUAAUAGAGAGAUCAGUGACAGUUGUCCAGUUUAUCCAGCCGUCACUGCAGGGUUGUCCUUAUCAGAACUAACAGAAAGUAGACAUGAGCCUAACCAAGAUCUGAAGUUUUCUGUGGAGCAAGGAAAUAGCAGAAGCAGAGAAAACUCUCCCUCUUCCCAGUCACCCGAUCUUCCUAACACAAAUAAAGGUGAAGAGUCCACCAAAGGCAACAGUGGGUCUGAAGCCUGUAGCAGUUCUUUUCUAAGAUCAUCUUUUACUUCAGAAACCCUUUUGGAGAAGGAAUCUCACUCUCUAGUUGACCAGCCUGAGCAACAGGCAGAAUCCAGUUUGACCUCAGCCGAAACGAAGGGAAACAAGAAAAAGAAGAAACUUCGGAAGAAGAAAACGCUACGGGCUGCCCACGUGCCUGAGAAUAGCGACACUGAGCAGGAUGUAUUUACUGCUAAACCUGUGAGGAAAGUAAAAUCUGGGAAGGUCACUAAAGGGGAGAAAGUCACAACGUCUACUUGGGAAGACAGCAGACCUGGUCGUGAGCAGGAGAGUGUCAGAGAUGAGCCAGACAGUGACUCGUCCCUGGAGCUCCUAGAAGUUCCUAAUCCUCAGUUAGAAAUAGUUGCUAUUGAUUCUUCUGAAUCAGGAGAAGAGAAACCAGACAGCCCAUCAAAAAAAGAUGUUUGGAGCUCUGCAGAGCCAAAUCUGCUAGAGACUUCUCGUUCUGGAUGUGAUGAAGUUAGCUCCACCAGUGAGAUUGGCACUCGCUAUAAGGACGGCAUCCCUGUAAGUGUGGCAGAAACUCAGACUGUGAUCUCCUCCAUAAAAGAAAUAUCUUCAGAGCCAGGAGAUGAUGAUGAGCCCACAGAAGGAAACUUUGAGGGGCACCAAGCUGCAGUGAAUGCAAUUCAGAUAUUUGGGAACUUACUAUAUACCUGUUCGGCAGAUACAACUGUCCGAGUUUAUAACCUAGUGAGUCGGAAAUGUAUUGGUAUCUUUGAGGGCCAUACUUCCAAAGUGAACUGCCUGCUGGUUACUCAGACCUCUGGGAAGAAUGCUGCCCUUUACACUGGCUCCAGCGAUCACACCAUUCGCUGCUACAACGUUAAGACCCGGGAGUGUGUGGAACAGUUACAGCUGGAAGACCGGGUUCUCUGCCUUCAUAGUAGAUGGCGAAUCCUCUAUGCAGGACUGGCAAAUGGCACUGUGGUCACCUUCAGCAUAAAGAACAACAAACGACUUGAGAUCUUUGAAUGCCAUGGCCCUCGGGCAGUCAGUUGUCUCGCCACAGCUCAGGAAGGUGCCCGAAAGCUGCUGGUCGUGGGGUCUUAUGACUGUACCAUUAGUGUACGUGAUGCACGGAAUGGUCUGCUCCUCAGAACUCUGGAGGGCCAUAGCAAAACCAUUCUUUGCAUGAAGGUGGUGAAUGACCUUGUGUUCAGCGGCUCCAGUGAUCAGUCAGUGCACGCCCACAACAUCCAUACUGGUGAGCUCGUGCGGAUCUAUAAAGGUCACAACCAUGCCGUGACUGUGGUGAAUAUCCUAGGAAAAGUGAUGGUGACUGCUUGCCUGGAUAAAUUUGUUCGAGUCUAUGAAUUACAGUCUCAUGACCGCCUACAAGUUUAUGGAGGACACAGAGACAUGAUCAUGUGUAUGACCAUCCAUAAAAGCAUGAUUUAUACUGGCUGUUACGAUGGCAGCAUUCAGGCUGUGAGGCUGAAUCUGAUGCAGAAUUACCGCUGUUGGUGGCAUGGUUGCUCUCUGAUAUUUGGGGUUGUGGAUCACUUAAAACAACACUUGCUGACUGACCACACUAAUCCCAACUUUCAGACUCUGAAAUGUCGCUGGAAGAACUGUGAUGCCUUUUUCACUGCUAGGAAAGGAUCCAAGCAGGAUGCUGCAGGACACAUUGAACGACAUGCUGAAGAUGACAGCAAAAUCGAUUCAUGAAGCUUUUUGCCUCCCAUGUUGGGAAGUCAUCAGUUGAACUAUUUUGACAUUGGCCUCUCACACAGGCCACUCUCUUCCCUUCCCCCACUGAAGCAAGGCGGGAUAAAGUGCUUAUCAGCCAGGUUACCACUGGCAACAGUCUGGGCAGCUCUAUGGGAUGAUAGGUCACACCUCAACUUGGUACUGGCGGGUGUAAACAAAUUUAAACAGAUUCUAAGGAACCGUACUCCUCUGGGACAGCAUGACAUAAAUAGUGUUUCAUGCUACUAGCAUUCUCUAGAUGUUUGUUGAAGAUCAGAUCGUAAUUGGUUACCUAGUUUGGCCUAAUCAUACAUAUAUAUUGUUAAUCGAUUUCAGUUUGUGAUUUCUAGUUUGUUUUUGUGAUGAUUUAAACCAAUAGUCAGGUUUUAGUACAAGUUUGUUCAAAUGCUAGAUUUUCAGGAUCAGUUUUAGGAUCUCUAGUCAUAACAAUUGAGAAUAUAAAUUGGAAGCAAAUGGUUUCCUUUCUUAACAAUUAUGUGCAGUGUGUUUCGCUAUUCAUCUGCUUUGUAGAUGGGUAGAGCUGGCUUUUAAAUGCUAACGGGCACACAGAUUUUUUUGAAAAACCUAGAGUGGAUGUUCUGCAAGCCAUAUUUUAGGAUUCAGAAAACAAGGCCCACAGUGAUAGGUCCUUGCAGAUUGCAUUUCCUAGUGAACUUCUGUGCCACUUUGAUCGAGUACUCAGUGUGAGGCAGCACACAGACAUUAUGUCUACCUUUCGGUUUGGCUGUCAGACCUGAGUACUCACUGCAGCAGAUACCGUCAGGCUGUUCAAAUGGAGAUGUGGCUUUAUCUCCCUUCCAGCUUUGACUCUCCAACCCACACCUCAGUGUCUAGUGUGACUAGAGCAAAGACAGCCAUGAAGUAUUCCUUUGGGCUCAUGGGGUACUUUCUGCCCUCUUUCCGCCCACCUACAGAACCCCAAAUAAAGGGGUUGAAAUAAAGCAUCUGUACACAGGUUUUAGGGCCUCAAGCAGGCUUCCUAGAGGUUUCUUUCUGAAUCCAGUGUCUUCACCUUCACUUCCCAGAUAGCUGGGAAAGUAGGGUGGCUUGUGGUGAAGAGAAAGACUCUUCCUGUCCAUUGAGGACACCCAAGUCAGCAAAGCCUAUGGGACUGCUUUGUUUUGGGAUUUUCUCUGGGCUUUUAUCAAUAAAGCUAUACAAGUGUUACUUUUUAA